AUGACUCCACCUUCCCCUUCACCUGUGCCUUCCGCAGUCUCUUCCGCCGCAGCUUCACAACACUCACAUGAUCCUCGUGAUGGAGAUGCUUCGGUAACACGAGCCCUUGCGGGCAUGAAUCUGGCUGCCCACGCAAACGGGGAGGCCCUUCCUCCCCCGGCAUCUCCCGCCGCCAAACCGACUAGAUCUACUAUGGCCGCGCGCCUCACACGCAUGUUCUCCAGCACGGGGAAAAACACACCACCCAGAGAGAAUAACGACGUUCCUCGUGACCUAUCCGACAGUAGCUUGGAGAGUAUCCAGCCUCUCAACGGCAGGACCUCGAAGCCAUCAUCUCGACCCGCCUCCAGACCACCUUCUAGACCUCCCUCAAGAGGAGAGAAUUCUCGAACACCAUCACGAAACCCAUCACUCAGGAGCGAACCUGUGGAGAAGCACGACAAGAAGAAGAUGGAUGAUAAAAAGAAGAUGGAGCUUCCGUCCACAAGCGAUUUGAAGUACUGA